AUGGCCCCCUCCUUUGUAGACAUGGUGGCAAGUACUAAUCCUGGUUCUGCAGCAAAUUACAGUUUUGGAAGGGAGGAUAAUUGCUUUAAGUCAAUGAUGAUUACAUUUCAUUCUCCAAUUCAUGGGUGGAAAAAUGGUUGCAGAAAAGUGGUUGGUAUUGAUGCAUGUCACCUUACUGGAAAGCUGGGAGGUUGUCUUAUAGAUGUAACUGGUUUAGAUGCACAGAACCAGUUAAAGCCCCUGAUUGAAUCAGAUGAUGAAAGAAUUACUUUCAUUUCUGAUAGGCAAAAAGGUUUGAUUGAGGCUGUUAGUGCUUUAUUUCCAAGAAGCCCACACAGAUAUUAUUUUAGACACAUGUUCAAGAAUAUGAAGACUCACUAUAAGGGUUCAAAAAUACAUAACCUUAUCUGGAAUGCUGCUAAAGCCUAUAAGUUCACCCACUGGAAGUUCCAUAUGGAUGCUUUGGUGCUGGAAAAUGGUGAUGUUGCUCAAUAUAAGAUGAACGAGGAUCCUAUCCGGUGGUCUAAAGCAUUCUUUGACCCCUCUUGUUGCUGUGAAUAUAUGAACAAUAAUUUCUCUGAGUCUUUCAAUAACAUGAUUAAGAAACUUAGAGACAAGCCUAUUUGUACCUUGGUAUUAAUGUAUGGACAGUUAAUAAUGGGCUUGUGGUAUAGGAGAACGCAAUUGUCUAUGAACUGGCAAAAUGUAGAAUUAGUACCUGAAGCAAUGAAGUUGAUUGGGAAGAUGAAAGAAUGCACUGGUCAGUUUAGGAUUAGUGGUGUUGUAUAUGGUCAGAGUUAUCAAGUUACAUCUAUUCACAACUCUAUCUUCCAAGUUGAUCUGAUUAACAAGACUUGUAGUUGUGUCCAAUGGCAACUGAGGGGCUUUCCUUGUCAGCAUGUUGUCUGUGUUUUGAAGACUUUAAGACCUAACGGGGCAGAUUAUUACUACACAGUGGAUGCAUACAAAUCCACUUAUGCCAUCCAAAUGCAAUUAAUCAGAGGGAGAGAAGAUUUGGAGAGGUUGUAUACUGUAACUGUUUUUAUACCUCAAGAUCCCUUUGUCAAGCCACCUAUAGAUAUGAGGAAACCAGGAAAACCUGCUAAGAAGAGGAAGUUGGGGCAUUAUGAUCAUGUGAGUGAGAAGAAACAGAGGACAUUGAAGAGAUGCAACCAGAUAGCCCACAACAGAAGAACUUGUGCUGGUGGUGAGGUUGGUUCUAAUCCUAAAGAAAGGAGACCAAGAUCCAUGGUAGAUGGGGGAACCCAAGAAACUACUUACCCAGAUCCAGCUGAGUGCAGUUCCAGCAGGAGCAGGAGAUGGAGAGGCAGAGGUUCUAGGGGAGGUAGAGGUAGAGGAUCUGCAUCAACUUCUGCAGCUGCAUCAACCUCAGCAUCAACAUCUCAAACUACACCAUCAACAUCUUCUGCACCUGCAUCUGGAGGAAGGGGUGGAAGGGGUGGUAGAGGAGCAAGAGGUGGAAGGGGAGUUGUGCAACAGACUUUUAGCCAGUCUGUCAAUGGUACUGGUUGGUUCAGCCAGACUUUGAGCCAAACUUUUCAAGCACCAAAGCCACAAAAGAAGGGAACAUCUACAACUCAGUAG